AUGACGAGAGCACUUGUCCCUCAACUGACCCUGACCCAAAGCGCCCAGAAGCAAUGGCAAUCACUCUCGACACUAGGCGACCUGAUAACACCUCAAUCCAAGAACCGACAAGACUUCCUGGAAGAAUGCCGGUCCGGCAAACUCGACGGCGUGAUCGCGGCCUACCGAACGUUCUACUCGGCCGAUAUCACGGGGCUCCUGGACGAAGAACUAAUCCUCGCGCUGCCCAAGACGUGGGAAUACCUCGCGCACUGCGGCGCAGGCUACGACCAAAUCGAUGUCAAAGCAUGCUCACGUCGUGAUCCACCACUCCUGGUAUCCAAUGUCCCCGUGGCCGUCGACGACGCGACGGCCGACACGGGACUAUUCCUGAUGCUUGGCGCGCUGAGGAACUUCAACGCUCCAAUGGGAAAUCUCCGCCGCGGGGAGUUUCGAGGCUCGACGGCGCCACCUUUAGGUCGUGAUCCCGAGGCGAAAGUCCUGGGCAUCCUCGGCAUGGGCGGCAUCGGACGCAACAUGGCGCGCAAAGCGCGCGCCGCGUGGGGCAUGACAGUCAUCUACCACAACAGGCGACAACUUGAUGAGUCUCUGGCCGAAGGCGCCGAGUACGUGUCGUUCGAUGACCUGCUCCGCCGCAGCGACGUUCUCAGUCUGAACCUGCCGCUGAACGCCAACACGCGGCAUUUGCUCUCGACGCGGGAGUUUGCGCUGAUGAAGCCCACUGCCGUGCUAGUCAAUACGGCGCGUGGGGCGGUGGUCGACGAGGCGGCGCUCGUGCAUGCGCUUGAUAAGGGGAUUAUUGCAGGCGCCGGGCUUGAUGUCUUCGAGGAUGAACCGAAGAUCCAUCCCGGGUUGUUGAGUAAUGAGCGGGUCAUGCUACUGCCACACCUGGGGACUUAUACUUUUGAGACUCUGGUGCGUAUGAUUUUUUGA